AUGCAAUUUGUUGAAUCUGCAUGUCAUAUUUACUCACAGCCCUCACUAUUACUACUUGGUCGUUCCACAUUUCUUAUCACACUGAUUCUCUCUCGCAUGCAGCGUGUUCUUCAUGUCACUAUUGCUCAUAUCAAGUUCUUUGAUAAACUUGGGUCUAUUAUGCGUCAGUUCCUUCACCAGAAAAUUUUACCCAUGGCUAGUCUAGCCUCUCUCUGUUUUCCUUGGACACAAGACGAAUUGGGUAUAUUAAAUCCUCAAUUCCAAAUUCCAACAAAAAGUCUUUACCAAGCGAUGGUUAAAGCCCUCUAUAUAUCCACCAGCGUGUUGCUCCUUUUUCACUCCACGGAUACAACACAGUCUUCAUCCUGCCCAAACACACGGCGAUAUUCGACCACCUUUGUUGUUUCCACGUCUGCGACACCAUCAUUUUUUGUUCUGUCCACAAUGAAGCCCAUUCCGCGCAACUUCUCUUUUGUCACUGUUGGCUACUUUAUUUUUGUGAUCCUUCUGGACUUAGAGGCCGUCCGUCCUCGAUCACCCAACGAAAGGAAUUCAUCUCCAUACCUCAUUUCCAAACUUACUCUUGGUACCCAUAGUUUUUGUGCUAUAUGCCGCAACCCAUUCAAAGCUCUACUUGCUUCUUUGCCACUCACCCCACGACAAUGGUGCACCUUUUGGUCAUUUCCUAUCCCUCACUCAUCUGAUAAUAUAUGGUAUCGAACUAUCCUCAAUACCCUCUCAUUCCAAAUCACCCUCUACCACCAUGCAUCUGCACUAUUUGACACUGUAGUAUACACACCGCAAUUGAGUGAAGUGCAUACUCGACGACCAAACACUGGUUACCUCUUGCUGAUGAACCUGACAAGUUAA